AUGACCUCAGGACAGACCCUUGGAUUCAUCGGAUGCGGUAACAUGGGAGGCGCCGUCCUAAACGGCCUCCUAAACAGUGCCUUCUCAAGCAAAAAUACCUCAGUCUCGCCAAAGCCAAUCACCCGCUUUAUCGCGUGCACAAAAACUGCCAGCUCGGCAUCCCGUCUACAAGCAUCAAUCGCACCAGAACACCAAGAACUAAUCAAGAUCGUCUCCGACCAAAACGUCCAGACAAUGCAAGAAGCCGAUAUAAUAAUCCUCGGCUGCAAGCCCUUCAUGGCAGAAGCCGUUUUAGGCGAAGAAGGCGUCCGCGAUGCCCUAGCCGGCAAACUCGUCAUCAGCAUGCUAGCCGGCCCAACAUGUCCGACCCUGACCCACCUCAUCAACCCAGACCCCAACGCCGCAGACUCCCCGCAUCUAAUGAAAGCCAUCCCGAACAUGGGCGCACAGUUUGGAGAGUCGAUGACAAUCAUCGAGACUCCUGCAUCGACAAUCCCGCAAUCCAUGGUUGCGGCCACGGAGUGGAUUUUCAACCAUGUCGGUGCGGUCAAGUACCUAGGCCCUGAGUAUAUUGGACUAGCGACUGUUCUUGUUGGCGCGACGAUGGCGACACUGACGCUGCCGAUUGAGGGAUUGUUAGAUGGGUGUGUUGCGGAGGGAUUUAAGCGGGGGGAUGCGAUGGAGUUGGUUUUGCAGGGGAUUCGGGGGCUGUCUGCUGUUCUGGAGUCUGGACAACAUCCGGCGGUUGUUAGGGAGAGUAUUUCUUCACCGAGGGGGUGUACUAUUCAGACGCUUUUGAGUCUUGAGAAGGCGGGCACGAGGUCGGAUUUUGCCGAGGCGAUUGUUAGAGGGAAUACGCAUUUGAAGGAGAAGAUGUAA